AUGCUUAAUCUCUGCCUAUUAGUCUCUUAUGGCGAGGAGGUGGGCGUGGCGGCGCGCGACGGCGAGGUGCGCUGGCAGGGCGCGGCGUGCCGGCGGCUGGGCUGGGCGCCCGAGACGGGCUUCACGGCGGCGGCGCUGCUGGACCGCCUCCUGCACCGCGUCCGGAUCCCGCCGCGCUACCUGCACGCCGUGGGCGCCGCCGCCCUCUUCAUCGCCGCCAAGAUCCACGAGGAGGACGAGAAUGUGCCCGCCACGAUAGAGGUGGUGGAGCGCGGAGGCAUGGACUGCUCCCACCGAGAGCUCCUCCGGAUGGAGCGCGUGCUGCUGGACAAGCUGUCGUGGCACCCGAAGGCGUCCAUCACGCUGGACUUCCUUCAGGUGCUUCACGCCCUGGCCAUUGUCUCCGCGCCAAAGCACCAGCAAGCGCAGAGGAGUGGAUCACCGACACGUCAGCUGGGCCACCUGACAAACCGACUGUGGCGAGUUGUCUGCUCAGGACGCAGUGGAAGCAUGCGGCCGUCUUUGCUUAGCCUUGCCUUACUCUCUCUGGCCUUGGACACGUCGGCGUCAGAGCCAGGUCUCACGCUCUGGCUCCAAGCACUCACGCAGGUGAGUGAUGAAGAGCUUGCCAGCGCACGGGCAUUAGUGAAGGAGAUCCUGGGAGAAGAAUCCCUCGAGUUCCUUCCUGUACCCCCCUCGCAGACCAGCCAGCACAGCCCGCCCUCAAGACCCAACAAAAGGAAAGUGGGACACUCCCUUGACACUGAAGAGGAAGACAUGUAUGUGGACAUCAAGAAGCUGUAUGCUUAUGACAAGACUGCAACAGAAACACCCCUGCAUGAAAAAUCACCAGAAGGUCCGGAGGAGCUCGAUGACACAUACAGUGACAUCCGGCGCCUCUACUCCCCAGUGCCCAUCAUCAGUGAUCCUCUCGCUGCUAGCAAAAUGUGCCCCACUAAGCCUGCCAGCUGCAAGAAGUUGUCGUCCAAGAAAAAGAAGACCAAGCCCACGUUCAAGGCUAAGAACUCCAUGAAGAGCUCUCUGAAACAAGCUCUGAAAAUCCCUUGCAAGAUAUCUCUCAUCACAACGAAGAAGAUCUUUGAAGAGAUCUGCGAGGAGGAGGAGGAGGAGGAGGAUGAAAUGGAGAUGGAGGUUGAAAAUGAGGAAUCUCAGCAAGAGUGGGAGGGACCCCUGGUAGAGCCUGUUGGCAUCCUGAAUUCACCCAUUUUCUCACCAAUGAGUCCAGAGUUUCCCGACAUCCGCAAUGUGGUUGUCAAGAAAGAAGACCUUUGCUGGCGUCAGAAAGCUUUGGAAGUCACUGAACAAGUUUACAGACCAAUGACAUAUGCUCAGGUGUUGCGCUUACACCUCACACCUUUAACCCGAGCCCUUGGUGUAUGAUUGACCCCCAAGAAAACAGUAACUCUCCCACCGACAAGGACACAGUAACAAACAUUCUGUUCUUUCUGGUGAAGUUGCAAAGCUGUUGCAUCCCACCACUCUUGUAAAAGCCACUUGAGGAGAAUGGACAAUUUUGUUAAAGGCAAAUCACUUACUUUAAAUGAACAGGCCACAGAUGAGAGUGGUUUUUACCUCAGAUCGCAGUAACCACUGCCAGUUCCUCAGGUGGCACAAGUAGUUUUAUUUCAUUGUACAAAUAGACUUUUGUGUAAAUGACACCAAUGCCUUCAAUAGACAAAGUGGUCUCAGAAUGGAAAUUCAAACCUUAUAUCUCUUUUCUUCACUUGGAUUUUAUUUUGAAAGGACUCCAACUUCUUUGUUGGAGAUCUUGAGUUAAAUUGUCUUUUAGUUUGAUUCUUGUGAUGCCAGUUGUACCACUGACAGGCAGCACGAGUGUGCAUAUUACUAAUCCCUCCCUCCCCGCUUCCUUUCACAUCAGGUAAAGGCUGAUACUAUUGUUGAUCAGGCUAUCCGAGUGUUAUGUUCUUGUACAGAGAGAGAUUGUGAUUCCCUUCAUGGAGGAUGGAAAUCCACAUUGUAUUUUCUUUAUUUAAUUUUAAGGUAUUUAGUUGUACUGUGGUUACCAGAGAUGUAUGUUGUGUAACUGAUUCGCAAUUAGGCUUUGUAUGAACACCAAAAAUAUGGACAGCAGUUUUAUGAAAGAUAUGGUGCUAAGGAGUCGUAAAUAUGAUAUCAGAGAAGUUGUUAAAAAAAAAAAAGAGAGAGAGAGAUAGAUUAUUAUGGCCAUAGAUGCUAUUGUUGUGGACUGUAUUUUUGAGGGUGUAAGUGCAGAACAGUACAGGGAUCUCAGCUAUGAGUAAUGUACAAAUUUAUUGUAAGCAGUCUUUAGUAAAAAUGAUAGUUAUGUACAGCAUAGAGUAGUCUUUUUAUGAUUAUUAAACUGUUUAUGUUUUCCAGUAAAUCAUCAAGGAAGAGUUGGCAUUACGAAGGGCGAUUCACAUUUUAUAUUGUAUGCGAAUCCACGUAAAUGGAAAAUUCCAGUUUACUUGUUUUAUAACUAGGUGCUCUAAGGGUCUACUAUAUUCUUAUAUGUAAUAAAGCAGAAUAUUGACAGUGUUAAGAUGUGAUUCAUGACAUGAGCACCAAUCAAGAGGCUUUCAUAUUUUUAACAAGGUCGACAGCAGAAGAAAAAUGAAAACUGCAUUUUAGACUGUCGUCCAUUUCCAUUAAUGAUAAUGCAUUUGGUAAGCCUGUUCUGAAAUUUUGAGUACUCAUUCCAAAGCUUUGGACUUCAUUCAUAGCUUUUUUUUUUUUUUUUUUUUUUUUUAUGAAUUACAGAUUUGCAACAGGAUAGAGCAAAUGCCCAUGUGUUUCCUUGCAAAAUGUGUCACAGUAAAAGGUUGCACCCAGUACUUUGUGCCAAAAGAUGCUGAUCAUAUUUUGUUACAAAAUUAGCAUUGUUUUACUAUAAUGAACAACAAUGUGUCCCCUAUGCAGUUCUACUUAUUGUUCUAUUCAAUUAUUGCUCAAGCGAACAAAACAUUAGCAACUUUAAACUUAAACCUAAGCUAGUCUGAAGAAGCAUUCAAAGUAGAUCUUCGUUACGCUUUAAAGUAAGAGGACAUCAGGGUGCUAAGUCUGCGUGUUAUUCAUUCGUGAUGACGGCGGACAAAGAACGGAAAAAAUAAUCAAUAUUUGACUCCAUAAAGAGGUAUUAUCUUUGAUUUGAUGGAAAUUAUUUUGGGCUUUCAUACACCAAGGGGGUAAUGGAAGGAGAUCUGACAGAGGGUGUAUUUGUCAGUGCAAGUGACAGAAAUUACGAUAAACCCCAAGCUUGAGAAACUGUAUUAAACCUGAAGUGAGAAAGUUUGAUAAUCCCUCGACCAGCCUCUCAAGUGUGUGGCAGCGGUGAUUAAAGCUCGGGGUGAUAUUAUCAUCGAAGGAGUAUCAGUCUGAGAGAGGCGGUUGACAAAUGGAUUGUGCUGAGAGUGAAACCCAAAGUAAAUUUUACUAUGACAAGGCAGUCGAGUUGGUACCACAAAAAAUGUUUGUUUUACGUGAUUGUUUUAAUACGAGAUUUUUAUUCUGACAACAGAAUAAUAACGAAUGAUUUCAGUGUUCCUUUUUUUUUUAUCUCGAGGUCUGAUAGCAACGUCUGCCUCAUGAAUCCUAGUAUGCCCGAGAAAUACCCUCCCCUUUUCCUAUUUUCCUUUUUUAUGUGUGUGUGUCCUUAACCUUCCCACUCAAUAGUUACCAAUUCAUAGUAUUUGUCAGUGUUUAAAGAAUAGUGAUCUCUAUUCAUGGAAAAAGUACAAAAAAAAAAAAAAAAGAAGAAAUCUCCAUAAUUUAGGUUUAGUAAAUAUACCUUAGUAGAAGCCUCAUCAAUUCCUAUACAUUGUAGCAAAGACAUGAAGGUGGUCAUAAUUGCAUUUAAUUAUCUAUGAUGUAGUUAUGUAGAAGAUGCUAUGUAAUGAUGAAUGGCCUUGGAUAUGCA